CGGUGGAAUUUUGUUGUGUUGUCAAACUUGGCUGCGGCUUCUUUGCCAGAAAUCCCAACAAAAUCACUAUUUUCGCCAUCCUGGGACGCCAAGAAUGCACCUGUGAGUGUUGCGCGUUAUCACGGAGUGACCAGAAUCACGAUAAACAAUGAGUUUCUCUAGCGAUGAGGUGAACUUCUUGGUGUACCGCUAUCUUCAGGAGUCAGGCUUCCACCACUCGGCGUACACAUUUGGGAUUGAGUCGCAUAUAUCGCAGAGCAACAUAAAUGGCGCCGUCGUGCCUUCGGCCGCGCUGCUCACGAUGCUGCAGAAGGGCCUCAAGUACACUGAGGCGGAGAUUAGCGUGGACGAGGACGGGAAUGUGCACCGCCUCACCGAGGGGCUGACGCUCAUCGACGCGGUGAUGCCGGAGGUGGUGGCCAUCCGGCAGAACCUGCACAACCAGCAGAAGCAGGCCAUCAAGACGGAGCCGACGAGCGGCGGCGAGACAAAUGGCGAGGAGGCUGCGGCCGUGGCCGCGCCCGCACCGCCGGACACCAUGGAAGUGGACCAGAGCAUCGAGAUCCCCGCGUCGAAGGUCACCGUGCUGCGUGGCCACGAGAGCGAGGUGUUCAUUUGCGCGUGGAAUCCCAGCACGGAUCUGCUGGCGUCCGGCUCGGGCGACAGCACGGCGCGCAUCUGGGAUCUGUCGGACAACAGCACCAGCCCGGACCAGCUGGUGCUGCGCCACUGCAUCCAGAAGGGCGGCACGGAGGUGCCCAGCAAUAAGGACGUGACGUCGCUGGACUGGAACUGCGACGGGACGCUGCUGGCCACGGGCAGCUACGACGGCUACGCGCGCAUUUGGACGACGGACGGCCGCCUGUCGAGCACGCUCGGCCAGCACAAGGGCCCCAUUUUCGCGCUCAAGUGGAACAAGCGCGGCAACUACAUCCUGUCGGCAGGCGUGGACAAGACGACCAUCAUCUGGGACGCGUCCACGGGCCAGUGCACGCAGCAGUUCAGCUUCCACUCGGCGCCCGCGCUGGACGUGGACUGGCAGAGCAACAACUCCUUCGCCAGCUGCAGCACGGACAUGUGCAUCCACGUGUGCAAGCUGCACACGGACAAGCCCAUCAAAUCCUUCCAGGGACACACGAACGAGGUGAAUGCCAUCAAGUGGGAUCCGCAGGGUCAUCUGCUGGCGUCCUGCUCUGACGACAUGACCCUGAAGAUCUGGUCGAUGAAGCAGGACACGUGCGUACAUGAUUUGCAGGCGCACUCCAAGGAGAUCUACACGAUCAAGUGGUCGCCGACUGGGCCCGGCACGGCGAAUCCCAACAUGAACCUGAUCCUGGCCAGUGCCUCUUUCGACUCCACGGUGCGCCUGUGGGAUGUGGAACGCGGCGUGUGCAUUCACACGCUCACGAAGCACACGGAGCCCGUGUAUUCGGUGGCGUUCAGUCCGGACGGCAAGUUCCUGGCGUCGGGCAGCUUCGACAAGUGCGUCCACAUCUGGAGUACGCAGACGGGGCAGCUGGUGCACAGCUACAAAGGCACCGGCGGCACGUUCGAGGUGUGCUGGAACUCCAGGGGCAGCAAGGUGGGCGCCAGCGCCUCGGACGGCAGCGUCUUCGUGCUGGACCUCAGGAAAUUGUAGGCACUGGGAAGGAGAUACUGCAUCUCCUUCCUCUGCUGCCGAUUUCCACACACUCUGGGUUCCGAAGAGAGAGACACGGCUUUCCAGCGCACUAGAGAGGGACUCUUUUUUAUUUCCACAUACAUUUUCAACGGAUCGCCUAGGCUGGCUGAAUAAAUGAAGUUUUAUCUUGACACACA